AUGCAAGUCGGUCUGCCCUCUGUUGAGAGCCCAUCUGAAAGUCCGAAGGCUCUGUAUCUCAUCCUCAAGGAAGCCUCUGCUGAUCUGAGGCUUGUGAAGGUAUGGCCGUACAAGCUGGAGGAUCUUACAGCCAAAGAGGGCCAGCUUAACGCGGUCGUCGUCGUCUUCGAUCCCCCAACGUGGUCCGAUUUCAGCAGCCAUAGCGCGAAGCCUAUCGCAAUCGCCCUGGUUAGCGUUUGCAGGAGCUUGCUUGAUCGCGGGGAUCACUUUAAGGUCUUCUGUCAGAUGAGGCUCGCCGUGGCUGGGUCUCUGCAAGCUUCGUCUGACAAUAGGCAUCGUGACGGCCCAGCUGUAAUGUUGUUAGCGGCUGCGAUCAGAAGGAAAGGCGGGUUGGAUGACUUACUGGGAGUUUGCGAUGCAGCAUUUAGUGCUCAGGCUUUGGCUGACCUAGAAGUCGAAGUGCCCUGGGUGAUUGAAGCUGGGUUGCAAGAGGAAGAUUUGGACGAGCUGAAGAGCAAAGACACGGCCGCGAUUCCCCUGGAGGUCAACACUAUCCACUUCUCAACCAGCGAUAACUGGAGCAGCUUGACCGCUUGCUUCAACCUAGUUGCCACUGCGUACUACAUCAUAGAGCAAGACUUGGCCUUUCAUCUCGCCGAGUUCAUUACUUCAACAAUAUUCGCCAAGAUUGACGCCAAAUUUCCGAGAUUCAGGUCUAUGUUUGAAUCAGAGUUGACAAACCAUAAUACCAGGAACCCCGCAGAUGGCAGGCCCCGCUCGAGGAAAGACCUUGUCGAUAGGGUGCGACCUCCCCUCUGCCACUGGGUAGGAUUCUUUUUCGGGCUGAAGGUCGACAGGGUCGAUGUCUAUGGACCCUCUGCCUAUCUCGGCUUGGCUGAUAUUCAUGAAGAAGACUUCAUGGACCCAUACGGUAAAUUGCCAGGUGACUCUCAUGAUAGAUGGCAACAGCAGUCAGGGGAUGUCCGAGAUGCACUCUCGUAUUGUCUGCGGCUCAUCGCUGAAGAGGCCCCAAUGGAAUUCGAGGAUCAGGUACAUAAGACCUUGCCCCACUGGACUGGCAAGUACCAUCCGAAAGAGUUUCUUGGUCUCAAAUUCAAUCUUUGGGACAUCCCUUCGAGGGAGGAUGUCGCUCAUGCAUUGGAUCUAUUGAAUAUUCAUGACUUUGUGUGGAAGCUCCCCGAACUUUGGACAUACCCCGACGAGUUCUACCAGGAGCUUGGCGAUAUUCCCUACAAGCCACGUCCAGAAAACGCCGAAAGGUGUCAAUACGGUGCCGAAUAUGAUAAUCCCAUGAGAAUGAUCGAUCAUUUUGAUUACCGCUAUCGUGAUAAAAUAAGAUUCUCUGCUACCGCUACAGCAAUACGUUUUUUCAACACGCUGCCUGCCGAGCAGCGAACACAGAUCCGCAGGAUCACAUUGCAUGAAGACGCACCAUCAGUCAACAUGUCACUCCACGCCCCGGGCUUGGUCCCUUUAUACAAGGAAAACCCACGACUACAGGUGGAGCGCCGUCUCGGCGGGACUGGAGAAGGAAUGGAUGACUCGGGACAAGCCUAG